AUGGAGGAGUAUCUUGCUGCCUACACGGCGAAAGAAGAUCCCGCAACUCCGGCGCAGCCGGCUGUUCAGACGGCAAGUGCGCUGCAGGCCCGGGCAGCAGGCGGUCACGCGCUGCAGGCGCCAGCAGCUGCUGCUGCUCCUCCGACCAGUUCCAGAGUGGUUGCGAAAUCGACCAACAACAGUUCGGCGAAAACCCCCGGGAGCUCCGCGAACAAGAGAGUGAUAUACAUUGUGGCUGGGGAUGAUGGCUCCCAUGUGCCGAUCCUGCGCAAAGUGCAGGUGUAUGGAGAAGAGGGUAGUAAGGGAUACGAGAAGACACCAGCACCUGCGUGCAACGUCGUUAAGCAAGCUCGUCUGGAUGCUGGCAAACAACCGGUGAGACGACCAAGGAUACAACUGCUCAGCCACAACCGUGAGGAACGAUCAGCAGAGCUCAUGGAUGACGAUGAAGAAGCGGCAAUCGCAUUGUCUGUUAAACUGGAGAGAAACGCCAGCUAUGUGGACCGUUCGCUGCAGCUGGUGACUGCUGAAGAACAUGAUGUUAUGGAAAUCGAUGACAUAUCUAGCGACGAUACAGGCAGUCAAAGUGAUUCAGACAGCAGCUCUGGGAGUGAGUCAGAAAAGGAUGAAGGGAAGUUCUUCUAUCCUGCCCCUGAGGCACUGGGCACUGUUAAAGCACCGCAAGUUGGAAUGAAAUUCCCAACCCUCGAAGAUGCACACGAGUACUACAACACAUAUGCUCUCCAGACUGGUUUCGUGGUGGUCAGGGGAAGAAACUACAAGAGACAGAGGUUUCAGCUGGACUGCAACAGGAAUCGCAAGGUAAAGCUAGUUGAGGACCUGAACCUGAAGAGGAAGAGGAAGAAGAAUGUCAUAGAGAAGACAAAUUGCCAGGCAAAGAUCAUCGUGAAGCUUAUCAAGGGAGAGUGGGUGAUCGCAGCAGUUCAGAAUGAGCAUAACCAUCCGUUAUCUCCAAGCCGUUCGUUCACAAGAUUCUUAACGAGCCAAAAACACAUGUCACCUGAAGAGAGGUCAUUCUCAAGAGUUCUUCAGCAAAGCAGGGUGCCUCCCGGAGAAAUUCUCAAGAUUUUGAGAAGGAUGAGUGGCUUUUUUCGGGAAUUGCCAUCAAAGGAAAAACAAGCACUGAUCUUGCAGUCUGCCGAACAAUGGAGGAAAGCAAACUUAGAUGUUGAAAAGACACUGAACCACUUCGAGCAACUGCAGCUCCAGGACCCAUGUUUUUUCUAUACCGUGCAAAAGGAUGAAGAUGGCACGCUUAGGAGCAUUUUCUGGACUGAUGCAAGGUCAAGGAUGGAUUAUGAAAUCUUUGGUGAUUUCGUAUCGUUUGACACCACCUUCAGCACAAAUAGACACAACAUGCCUUUCGUUCCUAUCACUGGGAUGAAUAGCCGUGGGAGAACAAUCGUGUUAGGGUGUGCCUUGCUGCAAGAUCGAAAAGCUGAAACCUACAAAUGGAUGCUCGAAACGUUUCUGCAGGAGAUGGGAGGAGGUCAAAUACCAAGAUCAGUUAUAACAAGCCAGGACGAAGCCAUGGCGAAGGCAAUAGCUGAGGUCAUCCCACAAGCAAGGCACAGGUUCUGCAGAUGGAAUGGGAAAGCCCAGGAAAAGAUGGCGGCCUUUGUGGCAGCAAGAGGCAACAUGAAAGCAGAGCUGGACAUCUUAGUUGACAGUUCACUGACAGAGACGGAGUUCGAACAAGGAUGGAGUGCACUCAUUCAGAGACAUGAUGCAAGUGAAAACGAGUACCUACAGUUGCUGUGGGAGAUGAGGAAGACCUGGGCUCCUGUUUAUUUCAUGCAGGAUUUCUUCCCUUUUGUCGUUUCAGCCAGAGGCAGGCAGGGGGCAUUCUCACUGUUCAAAGAGAAUGUGCUUCCUAAGGACAAGAUAGAGAAUCUGAUUGAAAAGUACGAGGAGAUGCAGGAUAAGAUCAAGAAAACGGACGAGGAAGAUGUACUGGAAGCGGCGACCGAGCCUUCAUGCUUCUCACUGCAGCCAAUAGAAAGGCACGCAUCACGUGUCUACACAAGGCAGAUCUUCCUGAAAGUCCAGAAGGAGCUCCUCCACUCCACAGCAUUCAAAGUGCAGGAGAUAGAAAGAGGCACCCUGUACAGGCUGGACAAGGCCUACAGCUACGAGAACCCGGAGUACGACCGGGACUCCUUCGAGGUGUCAAUCGAGCCCGGCCUCACCGACACGUACACGUGCCAGUGCGCCAAGUUCGCCAGGGACGGGAUCCUCUGCUGCCACGUGUUCAGGCUCUUCACGCAGUUUGGCAUCGACGAGAUACCGGAGAAAUACAUCGUGGCCCGGUGGACCGACGGUUUCAGGGAGGAGCAGCUGGAGCGGCGUGAGGAGGGGCGGUUGGUGGUGGCGGCGCAACGCGAGGAGGAUGCGGCGAGGUACGCGGCACUGAUGAGCAAGGCGGCUGGGAUCGGGAGGGAGAUCUGCGGCGACGGUGCCAAGUGCGACGAGUUCAUGCUGGAGCUGGACAGGAUCCGGGAGAAAAUGGCGACGAUGGCGAUGGCGAAUGAUCACGUUUAG